UGGAGUGCAAAUGUUGCACAGAGGAGGCAAAGGGAGGAGAAAUUGUCCAAGGCGCGCAUAGGAGGCAGGAGCUGAUUGAUCUUGCUUUUAUGGGCUAUACCACACACCAGUUAGAAACAGAUAUACCACUCACUCCGUUUUUAUAUUUCACCACCCAUUAAAUUAUUUAGAGCACCUGCCCGAGGAUACAGCGGUACAUCCGUCUCCUCAUUGCGGGACAGAGAGUUGGACUACCCAGCUGCGCAAGAGAGCUCCCCUGCGAAACGCGUCAUGGGAUACGGGAGAAUCACUGCCGCUUUUUGCAUGUACACCUGAGGGUUUUGUGGAUUUACGUCGCGCUUUUUAAAAGACAAAUACGACUAUUUGAUUUGCUCGCUUUUAAAAGAAACUUUUGUCAGCCACCCGGAAUUAUAAGCCCCUGCCAGUGACUAUUACUUUAUUUCUAACACACGGUUUGGAUUUCGGUGAAGAGUUGGCAGGAUGGUCUCAUCCGACUGCUUCAAAUUGGUCGUUGUCAUCUUCUGUUGUUCGUCACUCACAAAUGGACAUUUGGAGAUAGAGCAUUCGCCUAGGAUUCUGCCCUCUGACAAUCCCCUCAUUCUUCGAAAGGAUGAUUUCUUAAACCUCAAAUGCAGAGGUCAUGGCCUGCUGCACUGGACUCUUGGUGAUCCCCGUCGAUCAAUCUCAUCAGAGGGUGUGAAGGUGGAGCAGUGCGAGUCCAGACAUCACUCUCAGUCACACUGCAGCAAACUGACAAUCACACACUUGAGGGCCAAUGACACAGGAAGGUACAGCUGUAAAUACUCCAAAGAUGGUUCAGAUCACAUCACCUCAACCUAUGUCUAUGUCAAAGAUCCCAAGCAACCAUUUGUGGACCUCCAUCUGACACCUUACAUCCUGGGCAUCUACAGGCAUGAGACCAGCCUUGUGGUCCCCUGCCGGACGUCCUCUCCGGAUACUAUUGUAACACUGACAGGGAUCCCAUCUUUAUCAGAGAAGAUUGCUAAGGAAAUGGUAUGGGAUCCAAAGGUGGGAUUCAAGAUUCCCUACGGUCCCUACACUGCCUAUAGUAUUUUCACCUGUAACACCAUGGUCAACGGGCAUGAGUUCAAGUCAAUGUACAUCCCUACGAGACACACUCUUGUUCUUAAUAAUGUGAAGAUCACGCCAGACCGUGUCAGAGUGUUAGUUGGAGACACCCUCAUCCUCAACUGUACUGGUGAGACCACCUAUAAUGGAAGAAUCAACUUCACAUGGGAUUUUCCAAAUAUGAGAGAAAAUCGACAUUUUAUGAACAAGACCAAAGAUGACCCUGCUCAGGUUCUUGUGAUGAGCAAUUCUUUAGUCUUGCCAAACAUUACCAUGGAGGACAAGGGGGUGUACCGCUGCAAAGCUGAGAUUGAACCCACAAAACACAAGAAUGCCUCAGCAAAAGUCCUUGUCUAUGAGCAUCCAUUCCUCAAUGUCUCCUAUAGGCAUGAUCGGUCUAGUACGGUGACUGUCAAAGAAGGUAAAAAGAAGCUUGUGUUUGAGCCCAAGGUCAGUGCUCUGCCACCAGCAGUCAUGUUAGCUUGGUAUAAGGAUGGGGUCCCUAUCAAGAAGAAUUCCACCUGUUACAAGAUGUCUGGUUUCAGCUUGAUCAUCACUGAUGUGCAGCAGAAGCAUGCUGGGGUCUUCACCAUAAGCCUGGGCAACCAAAUGAAGAGCUUGCACAGGAAUCUGAGCUACACUCUGGUAGUGGAAGUGAAGCCAACUAUUUCAGAGGCAGAGCUCGCCUCUGUGGAUGUGCAGCCCUACAUGUCUGGCAAGCAGCAUCAGCUAACCUGCACUGCUUACGGGUUGCCCUUGCCGACCAUCACUUGGCUCUGGCAACCGUGUCACUCAGACCCUACGCUUAAAAAUUGCAUUGCUUACACCAAGCCAAUCCUGGUUAACAUUGAUGACAGGGAAAAUUACUCCCACAACUGGAUUAAGAGCAUAAACGUCAAGCCUGAACUGGUUAAAGGAAAAAACAAGACUGUGAGUACCCUGGUGAUAGGAGAGGCUAGCACGUCAGGAAACUACUCCUGUGAGGCCCAGAAUGAAGAUGGCACCAGCACAAUGACAAUCCCAUUCUUUGUUGAUGAUCACGCCGAGGAAAUUACCAUCGAACCUCGGGCAGCCAUUGAGGGGGAUGAUGUCAGUCUGACCUGUCGGGCAGCUCGCUACCUCUACACAGACCUACAGUGGUUGGAUUCCUUGAAUCAAACGAUCACUUCCAACGUGUCCAGUCUCAAGCUCAGCCGCUACUCCAUUUCUCUUUCUCUCCGUCUGCAUAAUGUGUCCCAAAGCACCACUACAGGUUACAAGUGCCAAGCAUACAAGCUCCACAAGAAGGUUGAACUCAAGCCCGCUGCACUUGUUGUGGAUGCGAGAAAACGCCCUUGGCUGAGUCAAAAUCUGACUAAUCAAGAUGUGAACAGUAGCAGUACCCUGAUGCUGGCCUGCUUCGCUCUUGGAGUUCCUCGUCCCAAUAUCACGUGGUACAAAAAUGGCGUUCCAGUGGACGAAGGCCCAGGUAUCACACUGGGAGAUGACGGGGUUCUGACCAUCGAGAGGGUCAAGAAAGAUGAUGAGGGUCUGUACGAGUGUAGAGCUAGCAAUGGUGAUGGUAUCGCGAAAACAAGUGCUGUUGUUACUGUGCUCGGGGAUGAAGGGAAGCCAAACAUUGAGGUAAUCAUUUUGGUGUGCACGGGAGCUGCAGCCACGUUCCUCUGGCUCAUGCUUAUCCUCUUCAUCCGCAAGCUAAGGAAGCAACCAGCACACUAUAAGAUGGGUCCAUCUAUCAUCAUUGACCCUGACGAGUGUCCCCUCGAGGAGCAGAAUGACCUUCUUCAGUAUGACAGCAGCAAAUGGGAGUUUCCCCGUGACCGCCUGCGACUAGGCAAAACUCUUGGCCACGGAGCUUUUGGAAAAGUGGUGGAGGCUUCUGCCUUUGGGAUCGACAAGCUCUCAACCUGCAAGACUGUUGCUGUCAAAAUGCUGAAAGGAGGCGCUACGUCAAAUGAGCGGAAAGCUCUGAUGUCAGAGUUAAAGAUCCUGAUCCACAUUGGCCAUCACCUGAAUGUUGUCAACCUGCUGGGAGCCUGCACAAAGCCUGGGGGUCCAUUGAUGAUGAUAGUGGAGUUCUGCAAAUAUGGAAACUUGUCCAACUAUUUAAGAAGCAAGAGAGAUGACUUUAUCGUCUACAAAAGCCAGGACGGUAAGGUGAUGUCAGGAUCGGGCUGCGAGCUGAGCGAGCUGAUGAAGCGCCGCCUGGAGAGCGUGGCCAGCACCGGAAGCUCAGCCAGCUCUGGCUUCAUCGAAGAUAAGAGCUACUGCGACUCAGAGGAAGAGGAAGAAGAAUCUGAGGAUUUAUAUAAGAGAGUCCUGACAUUGGAAGAUUUAAUUUGCUACAGUUUCCAAGUUGCAAAAGGCAUGGAGUUCUUGGCUUCACGCAAGUGCAUCCAUCGUGAUUUGGCUGCACGAAACAUCCUGCUUUCUGAGAAUAAUGUUGUGAAGAUUUGUGAUUUUGGACUUGCCAGAGACAUCUACAAAGACCCGGAUUAUGUGCGCAAAGGAGAUGCUAGACUGCCACUCAAGUGGAUGGCACCUGAGGCCAUUUUUGACAAGAUCUACACGACUCAGAGUGAUGUUUGGUCCUUUGGUGUUCUCAUGUGGGAGAUCUUCUCUCUGGGUGCCUCCCCGUACCCCGGCGUCCAAAUUGACGAAGAAUUUUGCUGCAGGCUGAAAGAGGGGACCAGGAUGAGAGCGCCAGAAUACUCUUCCUCUGAAAUAUAUCAGACCAUGUUGGACUGCUGGCAGGGGGAGCCACAGGAGCGACCAACCUUCACUGAGCUGGUGGAAAGGCUGGGAGACCUGCUUCAGGCCAGCGUGCAACAGGAGGGAAAGCACUACAUACCCAUCAACACAGCCCUGCUGGGUAAGGUGGGAGACCCGUCCAACACAGUGCCGUCAGAGGAGACGCCUACACGACCCGUAUCCCACCGCGACUCAGGGAGCACCUGGAACAUCAAGAUCCGCCCUGCAAGUGUGAAAACGUUCGACGAGGUUACAGUGGAGAACGGGACAAAUGACAACCACAAGGGCGGUCAGUCAGACAGCGGGAUGGGCCUGUCAUCUGACAACAUGCAGACUCUGAAGCGCCUCGAAUCAUUGGCAGGCCGACCUCUGAGCAUCAUGGCUCUAGCGAUGAAGGCAGUGAGUAAGAGUAAAGAGUCUGUGCUCAGUGACACGGAGAAGUUCCCACCCACGGUCCCCUCUCUGGACUUCAGUCUGGACGACUCGGCCCUGGACGCCGGUCUGGAGUGUCAUAGCCCGCCACCUGACUACAACUAUGUGGUGCGCUACUCCACCCCACCUGUGUAACCUCCUGCUAGGGCCCUGGAGAAUCUGACUGACAGCCCCAAGGCCUUUGCUUUGUUCUCCUCUGUUCUGACUCUUAUCUCUGGACUGUUCUGUAGCCAAGUUUGAGAGGAAAACACGUGAGAUUCCCUCUUAAAGUGUUUAUAAAGGGCGCUCUGAAAUGAAUCAUGAAUCAUAAAGCUUCUCGGCUGUAACUUCUACAUCUUCCAACUUCCAGGGCGUCUGCUGCGCAACAAAAGGAAACCUGUAGACUGUUGAUUCCUUUCCAAUUUCAGACAUUAAUGCUGCUGGUCCGUUCCACAUUCACUGUGAUAUAUCAAACAGCUGAAAACAGGCUCAGGUAUUUCUUUCAUCUACUGUGAAAACAAACCACAAUGAUUCCAACUUUACCACAGAUCGGAUUAAACUACAACCUUUGGUAAUGAAGAAAAACAUCCAGAAAAGAAAAGAGAGGGAAUAGCUGAGUUUAUAUUGUACUCAAAAAGUAAAAACUGGAAAGUAAUUUGUGAAAACCAUUAAAGAGAAGCUAUUUUUGUAAUGUGGCCACAUCCGCUCAUAUGAAGUUUGGCUAAAGUUCAGUUUUGCUCAAAACAAAAAGCAGAUGGACAGUAAUAUAACAUUGAUUAUUAAUUAUGGAAAGUCUAAUUUGAGUUGUCAUUGCUCAUGUAAUUCCAUAAAAAUAUCACCUCAACUAACUCAGGUUGACCCAGAGUGGCAGAGUGAGUGCUGGAUGUUUUUGAAGCUCUCCAGGUUAUGGAAAAUCACAGGUUAAUGGAGGUAAAUGGAGGAAACAGGGUAGAGGUGAGAGUUCGACCAGACGGCUUCAGAUUUAACAUUACAGCUCGACCAUGAGAGCAUUUAAAUGAAUAAUUUCUGUAUAUUCCUACUCCGAUUGAAGAAACUCGAACGCUGUGUUAUUUUUGUUUGGUCAAACUAAAAAGAAAGUGAGCAGAAAACCUUCUUGUUGAGUAAGAAACAUGAGAUUAGAACAAGAUGUCAUAGGAACAAUUUAUUCAAAAAGCACUAGUAAAAUGUAUUGUGUAUUUAUUUAGAAGAUAAACACUGUCCCUUAGUAAUCCACUUGUGUUUGUUCAUUUAGAUUCAUGUUUAAAAGUUAACCAAAGGAUUUUCCAGCUCAGUCUUCCUGAUAUCACCAUGUAAUAUCCCAACAUUUCACUCCAUAUGUAUAUGCUGUUUGUGCUGCUGCUGUAUUCACUUAUAGUAAAGCUGAGGGAAUGUGCUCCUGCAGAAACAUGUAUGUGGAUAUUCUCCAUCUUGUGCUAAGUGUUAGUAAAGCUUGCAGGGCAGGCUCCAAAAACUGUUAUAUUAUUUGUUAACAUGUUUUAACAGCAUUUUAUUUGUAAUAUCUGAUGUAUUGAAAGUACUGUGGACCAAACCUUCGCUCACACUUGUAUUAGCGUACACACACCCUGUAGAAAUGCAGCUAACUUGUGCUUGUUGACCACUAAAGAAAACAGUAUUUGCCAGUGAGGAAACUACAGUAUAAAGUGGAUAUUUUGUGUGUAUUUCCCAAUGAUGUUUUGUUUGUGACCAAUUUGUGUUGUUUAUGUGGAGAGGAAGUGAAUAUGCACUGAUACUUUUAUAUCAAGUAUAAUUUUGUAUUCUACAGGUAUAUUAUUAUGAAACAGUGUUGAGGGUCACAUGUUACAAAGACUUCUGAUUUAUGUUACAUUUUCAACUCUAAACUUUAGUACAUAGUAGGAAAUUAACGUUUGUAGUAUUUGUUAUAUUAUUUCUUGCCAGCCUAACAUCAUAAUGGAGUAUGUUCACUUCUUAUAAUUAGUCUUAGAUUUCAUUUUAGUUACUGCUAUCACAAUAACAAGGUUUCAACCUGAAUGCAAAGAGAAAUGUAUUUGGAUUUUAUUGCAUUUUUAUUGCAUAUUCUUCAUACAUAACCAUGACUAGUCAGACCUGCAGCAGCUCGAGCCAUCCUCCUCGCCUUUUCUGUUUUGUUCAGUGGAGGUUAAUUUUAAUGAAAGUAAUGUUCUCCAACACUGUUAACUGAGCAUAUGAAGUAAAUAAAUGAAUAAAGAUCUAUAUAUUUAUACAUUA